AUGCCUGUCGUGUCGCGACUCGUGUCUAUCAUCCUCCGUGUCGCCGAGAUUGUCUGCGCCGCUGUUGUCGCAGGUAUCAUCGGCCACUAUCUCGCUUCCUUCAACGACAUCGACCCGUGGCCACAGGCCAGAUGGAUCUAUACCGAAGUGGUCGCCGGAUUAUCCAUACUUCUCGGCCUGAUAUGGCUGAUACCUUUCUCUUCGUCGUUCUUCUCUUGGCCUUUUGAUAUCAUCAUCUCGCUGGCCUGGUUCGCCGCAUUUGGUAUUCUCGUCGAUGCGAUUCACAAGCUCAGCUGUGGCAGCAUCUGGCACUGGGGCGGCAUUACCCGCAACAACAGCUGCAGUCGCUGGAAGGCGGCCGAAGCUUUCGCCUUUAUCUCUGCCAUUGUCUGGCUGGUCUCCGGCAUUGUGGGUAUCUGGUUCACCUUCCGCGUCAGAAGAUCUACCACCGAUGCUGCCUACACUGGUCGUCGCCGUGGCUUUUUCCGCCGAUCUGCCGUCUAA